AGUGCAGACGCCUAGUAGCAACCCUUUUAGUAAGGCCUACGUUGAUUGGUUCUCGCUCGUCGUGACCUGGCAACCGAGUAGAAGCUUUCAAGACGCUUUAUCCCAAACAGUGGAAGUAACCAGACUGUGCCUGCUUGUUUGCCACAAACAACACAUAGCUGUAGUUGUGAAAUUACCGAGGUCAUUUUAACGUAAACAUUCACCAUGUCCUCGAGAACGCUACCUCUUCUUUUUAUUAACCUUGGCGGAGAAAUGCUUUACAUCCUGGAUCAACGCCUGAGAGCCCAGAAUAUCCCUGUCGACAAAGCCAAGAAAGUGAUGAAUGACAUCAUCACCACCAUGUUCAACAAGAAGUUCCUGGAGGAGCUGUUCAAGCCGCAGGAGCUGUACUCCAAGAAGGCCCUGAGGACCGUGUUCGACCGCCUUGCUCACGCCUCCAUCAUGAGACUCAACCAGGCCAGCAUGGACAAGCUGUACGACUUGAUGACCAUGGCUUUCAAGUACCAGGUGCUGUUGUGCCCGCGACCCAAAGACGUGCUGCUGGUCUCCUUUAACCACAUGGAUGCCAUCAAGGACUUUGUAAGGGACACGCCAAUCAUCCUGGCCCAGGUGGACGAGACCUAUCAACAGCUCGUAGAGAUAUAUACGCCACUGUCUGCUGGGGAGUUUCAGCUGAUAAGACAGACCCUCCUCAUAUUCUUUCAAGACAUGCACAUACGGGUAUCCAUAUUUCUGAAGGACAAAGUGCAGAACUCCAAUGGACGCUUUGUGCUGCCUACGUCCGGGCCAGUUCCAUGUGGCACACAGGUCCCUGGACUGAUCAGGCAGUUCAGCUGUGCUGGGGAAGAGGUGAAGAGAGCUCAGUUCUGCAACAGCGGGAACUACUCCAGCGCUCUGCGAGAGGGCUCCUUUGAGAUGUUCGGCGAUCGAGUCAUCAAGUUGGGCACAAACAUGUACAGUGUCAGUCGCCCGGUGGAGACCCACAUGUCAGGCACAUCCAAGAACUCGGCGCAGCACACCAAGGUCAACACUGCACCCAACCCGUUGGCCAAAGAGGAGCUGAACCUGUUGGCUAAGCUGAUGGGGGGGAUGGAGGUCCAGCGGACGGCCAACGCGGACUCAGGGUUCAGAGUCAACCUCUUCGCCACAGACGAGGAAGAAGAACAAGCUUUGAUAUCAAGACCACAAGAGCUCUCGUACGAUGUUAUAAAUAUCCAAGCAACUAAGGACAAGCAGGCCAAUGCCGAGCUGGCCAAGAUCAUGGGGGAGUUUGGCGCCACCGGAGAUCCCGCCCCCACCGUCAGCAGCAAAGGUGACGACCUCUUGGCCAUGAUGGACGGGCUGUGACGUCGCGGUGACGUUCUCUGAAGGUCUGUGACGCUAUGGAAGGACUAAAGCAGGUAGCAUACCCCUGCAUGAGGUCAUGCUGGUGGCCCCAAGGGACCGAGCACACACAUACACAGACACAGACACGCACACCUCAAACACUCACUGUGGAGCAGUGUAUACUUCUCUCUCUCUCUCUCUCUCUCACACACACACACACACACACACACACACACACACACACACACACACACACACACACACACACACACACACAGAUGGCUAAAUCUCUGUGUUGUGUGUAUGUGUGUGCGUUCUUUUAUCGAGUGAGAGGUGGACUGUGUGAGGAAGUGUCAGGUGUGUUGACUUAUCAGGGUUCGGGGAUGCGUUGUGAGGAGUCUGCUGCAAUACACCACUGUCCAGACAGAGGGCAGAUUUGUUUGCAUCAUGCUUUUUGCUUCAUACAAGUAUGCGUGCGUGCGUCCGUGCGUCUGUGUGUGUUGUAUAUUCCCAAAGCUAUUGCGUUCAUUUUCACAUACAGUACAGUUCAGUUCAUGCACUGCGUUUUUGGCAGCAUUAGAAGUGCUCUGGAACCUGAAGGGUUUAUUACCUUACCUUAACACAAGAGGGAGCUAUACAUCCAAAAUCAAAGGAGCUUUGGUAGAAGAAUCACUGUUGAACAGUAAUGAGGCGUCAGUAAAGAAGAAUAAUUAAAUAUGAUUACCGAACAGGGUCAUCUUACAUUUUCUACCAUUGAUAUGAGGCAGUUGAACUUAGUAGAAAAUGUUUAUAUGGUCUAAUUACAUGUUUGAAACACUGAUGUUUACUGAAAACCGGUCUCAGUGCUGUCCAUAUAUCCUCACAGACUUUGUCGACACAGCAACAAUUGUUUUGGACUUGCACUGACUUGAUGAAUCAGAAUGACUUAUAAUCUUAAUGUAUAAGAGAGAAAACCCAAGUGCACUUGUCAUUGUGUUUGAGAUAUUUAUCCAAAAAGCUAUUUGUGAACUUAAUGUUUUUGUGAGAUUGUGUCAAAUGUAUGCUGAAAUAUUUUAAAUGUUCCAUUUGCAGUUCCAUAAACAUGUCAUGAACCAACCAUUGUAAUGGUAAUACAUUCAUGCAAAGUUUAGUAGAAAAUGGCCAACACGAUAUUUUUUGCAUACAUUUUUUGAAAAUUGUCUAUUUUAAGAUUUUCAUUCAUUCACUGAAUGUAUGUUUUCUUAUGUUCUCUGUAAAUAGGAUUUGCCUAUUAAAUGAUAUUGUUUUCUAUGA